CAAAUAUAUAUAUAUAUAAAGAGAGAGAUAUAAUGGGCACGGUUGCAUCUCGAAUGUUAAGACGUCUAGUAGCAAAUAGCGAUAUGAAAGUCCUGAUGGUCGGUCUCGACGCUUCUGGGAAGACUACCAUCUUGUACAAGCUCAAGUUGGGACACAUCAUCGAGACUGUACCCACAAUAGGGUUUAAUGUUGAAUCUGUAAAGUACAAUAAUCUAAACUUCACAGUUUGGGAUGUUGGAGGACAAGAUAAGAUUAGGUCAUUGUGGAGGCAUUAUUUUCAAGGGACAACUGGACUUAUUUUCGUCGUAGACAGCAGUGAUAGAAAAAGACUGGUGGAAGCCCGUCGCGAGUUGCAUCAGAUGCUGAACGCGAUUGAAUUAAAGGAUGCGACACUACUUGUGUUUGCAAACAAGCAAGACGUUCCUCGUUGUAUGACAGUGUCCGAGGUUGCAGAUAAACUCGGUCUACAUUCACUCACACGUCGCCAAUGGUAUAUCCAAGGUGCUUCAGCCACUUCUGGGCAAGGACUUUAUGAAGGCCUUAAUUGGUUAUCAUGUAGAACCAAGCAGCGAAAACAAUUCAUGUAGAAUGUAUUUUUCUAUUUCCAUGGACAUUAUUAUUAUUAUUAUUAAUUAGAAUUCAAGUCAAAUAAUUCAAUAAUAUUGUAUCGCCAGUUUCUUUUGAACAAGAAUAUCUUAGUGGGUUAGAUAACAAGCACAUGCUUAUAUCUAAUUGGGUCCAUCCUGUGUCAUUUCAUGUAUAAAGGCUCUUGUUUUUUUCUUUUAUAACAAUAAACAUCAAUCCAUUU